AUGACAACAUCACAGAAGCGUCGAAGAGGAUCAGCAGCCAUCCAUGGCUUCUACCACCAACCCACGAAAGACACCGACCCGUAUAGUCUCUCACAGAUCCAACUCCUUGACGAAAGCAUGUUCUCGGUUGACACAAGCCAAGGCCCCACCAUCUCCUUCCAAACCUACAAAGAUGAAGAAUACUUCACCCUCGAAUCAUCCCCAGCAACCACCAGCAGUAACUUCUUCAUCUACGAUUCACCAGCUCAAAGUGCCUCGUCUAGCAGCAGAAGCCCUAUCUCCCCACAAGCCUCGCAUUCUUGUCUCACUGAUCCUCACCAUUCUCCUGAUAACACAUAUGGCUCUCCUGUGAGUGGAUCAUCCUCUGCUGAUGAAGACCAUUUCCUCCGCCAGAAGCUUCGUGAGAUGGAGAUGUCACUAAUGGCUCCUGAAUCUGAAGCCACAGACAGCUGCAACUUCUGCUUCGCUGGUGCCCCUCAGCACCAAGCUGGCCCAUCUUUGGCCACCUCGAUGAUCCCCAAGCUAGACAUCAAACAAGUCUUGGUAGCAUGUUCUCAAGCAGUUGACUUAGUUGACAUCAGCAGAGCAGCAGGGCUAAUGCAUGUCUUGGAACAAAUGGUAUCAGUCUCUGGAGACCCAAUCCAACGAGUUGGCGCUUACAUGCUUGAAGGCCUUCGAGCGAGAUUGGAACUCUCUGGAAGCAAAAUCUACCAAGCAUUGAAAUGCGAGUCUCCCAUAAGUUCGGAUCUCAUGUCGUACAUGGGGAUACUCUACCAGAUUUGCCCGUACUACAAGUUUGCCUACGUGUCAGCCAAUGCAGUCAUCCGAGAAGCAAUCCAGUACGAGCAAAGAAUCCACAUCAUUGAUUUCCAGAUAGCUCAGGGAAGCCAGUGGAUCCCAAUCAUCCAGUGGCUAUCACAACGUCCAGGUGGAUCCCCAUUACUUCGUAUAACAGGAGUAGACGAUUCUCAAUCCGCUCAUGCUCGUGGAGGCGGGCUGCACAUAGUCGGCCAGAGGCUCUCUAAGCUGGCAGCCUCGCUCAACGUGCCGUUUGAGUUCCAUGACACAGCAAUGACGGGUUGUGAGGUCCAUCAGGAGCAUCUGAUGGUCCAGCCAGGCGAAGCAGUGGUGGUCAACUUCCCGUACAUCCUCCACCACAUGCCAGACGAGAGUGUCGACACGUGGAACCACAGGGACAGGCUCCUCCGACUGGUGAAGAGCCUCUCCCCCGUGGUUGUGACUUUAGUAGAGCAGGAGUCCAACACAAACACGACUCCCUUCCACCUCAGGUUCCUCGAGACACUGGACUACUACACAGCCAUGUUUGAGUCGAUUGAUGUGGCUCGACCGAGGAACGACAAGGAGAGGAUCAACGCCGAGCAGCAUUGCGUGGCAAGAGAUAUAGUGAACAUGAUUGCAUGCGAGGGCGGCGAGAGGGUGGAAAGGCACGAGCUUUUGGGGAAGUGGAGGUCGAGGUUUCAGAUGGCUGGAUUCCAGCAGUGUGGGUUGAGCCCUGCGGUGAGUGGUGCUGUGAGAGAUGUGUUGAAGGAGUAUGAUAGGAAGUUCAGGGUUGAGGAGAGGGAUGUUUCUGGUCCUGAUUCUGCAAGGAGCAAUCAGGCCAUUGUAAAUACUUUAACCGGAUUGAGCGUGAAAUGUUUGUAUGCUGUUAAACUGCUAAGAGACCUUUGUGUUUACAAAUUGGCAGUGAUGGAGAACGUAUCAGAGAGGGCAUUGUUGAAGCAUCUGCAGAAGGAGCAAGAGAGGGAGAGGCGGCGGAUAAGAGACAGGCAGAGGAGGCAAUCAAUGAGCGCUGAAGAGAGGGAGAGGCAUCUAGCUAGGCGGCGGAGGAAUUACCAGCUGCGGAGGCAAAGAGCUGAGAAUGCUAGGCUUGAGCUUCAGCUCAAUCAACAGGCCACGGCGGCUCUAGCAGCAUCUAGUGGUGAUGGAGGAGGAGACAUUGGCAGGAUUGUUGAACAUCAGCAGCAGCAGAUGUUGUUGCCUGUUCCUGAAGCUAGUAAUAGUGCUCAGUUCAAUAGCUUGGCCUCCAAUGGCAUUGUUGUUGAUCCAGUGCAGGACAGCUUCAAAGCAGCAUAUGCAAAUCCUGUUGCUUUGGAAGUUGCAGCUCAUGAUUUGGCCAGACUUCCCAAACAGCCAAGAAUAAAGCACAUAAAGCAACUUGCGAGGUCUCUAGCUCGUAGUCACCAUGGGAAUGAGGCCAACAUAAUUGCAGUUGAUCUACUUAUCAAGGCCAAUCCAGCACUCAGUUCUCUAGUGCAGCAAAAGGGUCUGCGAUUCACUCGUCUCAAGAGGCUAGCGAGAUCCUUACAUUCUGACGCAGAGAAGAAGGAUGGACAUCAGCUGCAGGACAAAGCAGUAGAACAAAAUCAGCUUGAAGUUUCCCAGCCAGACAAUAUUAGACAAGAAGAAGCCUGAGUAACAAGAAAAGGGCAUUUCCCCCCUUCUACUCAGCCAUGUCUCAACUCUCAAGGAUACAUGUUACACCAAGAAGUUCUGACUGGAAAUAUCUGCCAAGGAAUUUUGCAGGAAACUGAAGAGAAAGCAUGGAGAAGUUUUUGGUUAGGAAAUUGAAGUGUAGGAAUUGGAUAGUCAAAAUUCUUUCUUAUGAGUAUGUAACUGUAAUUGAUUUCUCAUAAGUGAAUUAUUAUAUAGACAGAUCGAGCCCAACAAUAUCUUGGGCCUGGGUCCAGUCCAUUUAAAACAA